AUGAACAUUUCAACUGGCCUCCUGGAGGCCCAUGGAACAGGGACUUUGCUUGGAGACCCAAUUGAAGUUGGCUCGACUGUGAAGGCGCUAUCACAGACUCUUCUGAUGAUUGGGGUAUUCAUAUCUUCAGUGAAGGCAAACAUGGGUCACCUGGAGGCUGCAGCCGCUGGUGUUGGGAUUCUUUCAUUGAUUGCAACCUGCUUAGAAGCAACAACGAAAGCUCCAAACGGACAAUUGUUGAGUCAUCUGUCAAUGACCUGUUUGCAUUGUCAGAUAAACGUUGAGCCAAUGAUGGGAAUCGCACACUCCAGGACUAGUAUGGGUCGUUUUAGCGCAUUUGGCUUUAGCGGAACUAUUGCCCAUGGGUGCUUCACAACCAUUUCUAGCUCAAGGUCAAAGACCAACAUUCGAGGUGCCUUUUCUUUUCAUCGUUACCAACGGAGAAAUCAUGGGGAGAAGCAUGUGGACGCGAGCGAGCCAUCCACUGAAGACGACACUUCCUUUUUAGACAUGGGAGUUCACUCCAGGUGCCUUGUCUGA